AUGGCGUCUCCCAUCAUGUUGGGAGGUCGGGUACUUGGAUCAGCUUCUCGAAUUGCUAUUCGUGGAGCUGCAACGGCUGCGCCCGCUCCACCGAAAAAGCCGGAGAAAACUUCUUUUGGGAAUCUCAAGGAUUCCGACCGUAUAUUUACGAACCUGUACGGUCGUCAUGAUUACCAUCUGAAAGGUGCACUGGCUCGAGGUGACUGGUACAAAACGAAAGACAUCAUUUUGAAAGGUUCGGAAUGGAUCAUCAAUGAGGUUCGUACAUCGGGACUACGUGGGAGAGGAGGCGCUGGUUUCCCUGCGGGUAUGAAAUGGGGAUUCAUGAACAAGCCAUUCGAUGGACGACCAAAAUAUCUCGUUGUGAAUGCUGACGAAGGAGAGCCUGGAACAUGCAAGGACCGCGAAAUAAUGAGGCACGAUCCGCAUAAGCUAAUCGAAGGUUGCCUGAUUGCUGGCGUAGCGAUGGGAGCACGUGCUGCGUAUAUUUACAUUCGUGGAGAGUUCUACAAUGAAGCUUGUAUACUGCAAGAGGCCAUCAAUGAAGCUUACAAGGCUGGAUACAUUGGCAAGGACUGUUUUGGGACCGGUUAUACCUUCGAUGUGUUCGUACACCGUGGAGCCGGUGCGUACAUUUGCGGAGAGGAAACUGCUCUAAUUGAGUCACUGGAAGGAAAGCAGGGCAAACCGCGUCUGAAGCCACCGUUUCCUGCUGACAUUGGUCUCUUUGGGUGUCCAACAACCGUGACAAAUGUGGAAACUGUAGCUGUUUCUCCGACUAUUUGCCGUCGAGGAGGAGAAUGGUUUGCUUCAUUUGGACGUGAGCGCAACCGUGGAACUAAGUUAUUCUGUAUUUCUGGUCAUGUUAACAAUCCAUGCACGGUUGAAGAGGAGAUGUCAAUUCCUCUAAAAGAACUCAUUGAACGACAUUGCGGUGGUGUUAUUGGCGGUUGGGAUAAUCUCCUCGCCAUCAUACCAGGAGGGUCGUCUGUUCCUCUCUUACCCAAGAAUAUUUGCGACACCGUGCUAAUGGAUUUCGAUGCUUUAAUUGAGGUUCAGUCAGGUCUUGGAACAGCAGCUGUGAUCGUGAUGAAUAAGCAGGCAGAUAUUGUCAAAUGCAUUGCACGUCUUUCAUUAUUUUACAAGCAUGAGAGUUGUGGGCAGUGCACACCGUGCAGGGAGGGUUGCAAUUGGCUAAAUAAAAUAAUGUGGCGGUUUGUUGACGGUAAAGCAAAAGCGAAUGAGAUCGAUAUGAUGUGGGAAUUAUCCAAGCAAAUGGAAGGACAUACAAUUUGUGCCCUUGCAGAUGCUGCUGCAUGGCCUGUACAGGGUCUGAUUCGUCAUUUCCGUCCGGAGUUGGAGCGUCGCAUGGCUGAAUUCCACAAACAAGUGCAGGAGGAGAAUGGAACGAAGAAGGCGCUGGCACAACACUAA